UAAUCUAAAUCGGUAAAAAUAGACAAAGCGACUCGUCGAGUUUGGAGUCGACUACUCGUAUGCUGGCGCAGGUGCAGGCGCAGAUACUGGCGGAUGAGGUGUAGCCGACCGCGUGCGUCGUGCGAGUAUGACGUGACGUUUGCUACCAAUGCUACCUUCGUCAGCUGACCGCGAACAACCGUUUUGUAACCGGCGUAAUCGCCGGCCGAAGUCGACCGAGGUCGACGCUAAAAUAUUAAAACACGUGCUUUCACGAAUCUCCGUACUCUCACUACUCUCGCACUGUCGUGACAGUCCGUGAUAUGCACGAGUCCGACUUGUUAAUCGCUUACUUUUAGGUUAAUAAUCGUAUGUCGCGCGGUAGAUAAAAUCAAAAGAUAAUGGAACGCUUGGGAAAGAAAUGUCACGUCGCGUUUGCGUUGCGUGCCUUUUAGUGACACGUUUGUGCGCGUUUCUCUGUCAAUCUCUUGAAUAAUGGGAGUUUACGGCUUGUGGAAGUUGCUCGACGCAUCCGGAAAGCCGGUACCCUUGGAGAGCCUCGAGGGCAAGGUCUUGGCGAUCGAUAUAUCGAUAUGGAUGUACCAAGUGUUGCAAGGAUACCAGGAUCGUCAUGGCGCUCCCAGACCUAACGCCCAUCUGCUUGGAUUAUUUAGCAGGAUAUGCAAACUUCUGUAUUUUAAGAUCAAGCCCGUCUUCGUCUUCGACGGAGGCGUACCCAUGCUCAAGAAAAACACAAUUGCCUCGCGCAGGAAGCAGAAAUCUAUUGCCACGAGUAAGGCGCAGAAGAUGAAGACGGAUUUGAUACACAACUUGAUAAGGCACAGCGUUGUAAAAACCGCUCUCAACAAGGAUUCCAAGGAUCGGAAUGGCGAGGCGAUGCAAAUAUCGAUAAAUAUGCAAACCAAACGUUCCGACGAGGAUAUGUUCGCUCUGCCCGACAUGCCGGGCGUCAGCAACGCGCAGAGUUAUGUCGAUGACGAUGAAUACGAUUCCGACGAUUCCUUUGCCGAACUGAGUCCGCGGAAGCAAUCUAAAUGGAUGGGAAACAUACAUAGCGUUGAUGUAACCAGCAACGAAUUUAAAGCGUUACCCGCGGAUGUUCGUUACGAUAUACUCACUGACCUCAAAGAAACGAGGAAACAAAAUUCUUGGGGUCGUUUGCACGAGAUGCCUCAAGAAUCGCAAGAGUUCUCAGGCUUCCAGUUGAAACGGUUGCUCAAACGUAGACACGUGCAGGAGUCUUUAGAAUCCGCCGAGAAGGAAAUGGGUGGAAAGACACUGACGUUGGAGGAGCUGGACAAACUACUGACUGAACAAGGCGUCGAUACAAAGGGCAGAGACGCGGCUUUUCGAAUAGCCGCGGAUAAUACAACUAGAUUGAUUUAUAUCAGUGACAAGAACGCGUUAGCAAUGAAAUCUCCGAGCGAAUCAGAGGUGGAUAGAAGUGAGUUGCAGGAUGCGAAUGAAGAAGUUGAACCUGUUGCUGGCCCAAGUAAUACCACGUCAAUUGCAGAAAACAUUAACGAGUAUGAAUUAAAUGAUUCCGAUAGUGAGGCCGAUUUUACAAUCUAUGACGAUUCUCUACCUAUCGUCGAAAAUAUAAAUGAAUACACGUUUGACAGCGAUUGGGAAUCCGAAGAGGAAAUAAACGAAGAUGAUAUAAAUGAUACAAACAAAUCAUUGGCAUUAUCGGGGAAAAAUAAGACAAAUCCUGCAUUAGCAUACAUGUUGGAGUACAGCGGCUUGUCGCAGAAUCAAAUUAUGCAUCUUAUUAAACGUAAUAAAGAUAAAAAUCACAAAACUGCAAAUAAAAGCGUAAAAGCACUCGCGAAAGAUAAUUGUAUAGAGCUGGCAGAAACCACAAAGCCAAUGGAUGAUAAAUCGAUGUCAACACUUUCUGAAAAUUGCGAGGAAAUUUUAGAAUUACAGAGCACGAGAGAUGCAUGUACGACUAAAGAGAAUGUGACCAUUGAAUCGAUUCCGUCUAGUCCAAUGGAUGAUAAAUCGAUGUCAACACUUCUUGAAAAUCGUGAGAAAGUUUUGGAAUCACAGAGCAUGAAAGAUGCACAUAAGGCUGAAGAGAAUACGGCCAUUGAAUCGAUUCCGUCUAGUCCAGAAUCGGAUAAUCUUGCUGAAAUUGUACCAUUAAGAGAUAAUGCCGAGGCUUUAAAUAUUAUAACGUCCGACAGCUCAAAUUUGGACAAAGAAAUAAUACCUGAGGAACGUUCUCCUGCCGCGAAGUCUAACGAUGUAACACAGAUAGAUACGUCGGAUUCCGAUUCUGACGAUUUCAUCGAAAUACAAGAUGUCCCGAUACCCGAUAUGAACAUUUCAAGGAACAUCACGAAAAGAAAGGAUAUUGAGAUAACUUUCAAGUCCAAUAAAAAACCAGAGGACGAUAUGUUUGCCGAUAUAUUUGAGAAUGUAUAUGAAGAGAGAGUUGCGCCAGUUCGGAGUCCGGAGCAAGUACAGCUUGUCGAUACGGUGAACGGGGAACACCGAACACAAUUAAUUUCGAAAGACAGUAAUAAUUUCAAAAAUAAUUUCUUGGAUACCAUACCUGAGGAAUCGAUCGAGGAAGAAACAAAAACCGAAUUGCCAGAAAAUGUUCAGUUGAGCGAGAAUAUGUCGAAUGGUGAAGACAAAAUACGCGACACCCAGAACUCUGAUAAAUCAAUAGAGCGAGAUAAUACAGAUACGCCUACGCCUACGCCUAAUCCUCUUCACGAAUGUACGCAGGAGAAGCCAGCAGUAGUAUUACCCACUAAUGAAAAAGAUUUGACAGAAUUGAAGGGACAAUUAGAGGAUGAGCAAGAAGAACUCGCAAGAAGCAUUGGUAAGCUCGAGAGGCAAGCUACCAACAUUUCUGACCAAAUUAAAAUCGAUGCACAGGAACUGCUACGUUUGUUCGGCAUACCGUACAUAGUAGCUCCCAUGGAAGCGGAAGCACAGUGCGCGUAUUUGGAACAAAUCAAACUAACCGACGGCACAAUUACAGACGAUUCUGAUAUCUGGCUGUUUGGAGGCCAAUGCGUAUAUAAGAAUUUUUUCAACCAUAACAAAAAAGUAUUACAAUUUCGUGCCUGUGAUAUUCAACAUCAUUUUAAACUCAGCCGCAAUCAAUUGAUACAAUUGGCCCUUUUGGUUGGCAGUGAUUAUACCGCAGGGGUGACUGGCGUUGGACCAGUUACCGCGCUAGAAAUAUUAGCCGCGUUUCCGGCCGAUGGAGAUAACGUAUUACACGGGUUGCAUAAUUUUUGCUCGUGGAUAAAGAAAGGAAUGGUUUUCGCUCCUGGGAAAACUGGUUUACGCAAUAAAUUGCGAAACGCGAAAUUGGACAGAGAUUUCCCAAAUCAAGCGGUUGUCCAAGCGUAUCUCUUUCCCACGGUCGACGAAUCUAAGGAAACUUUUACCUGGGGUAAGCCGAACGUCGUGCUUCUUUGCGACUAUACCAGGCGGAAGUUUGGAUGGACGAAAGGCAAGUUCGACGACACGAUGAUACCGGUAUUGAGGAGAAUGGAAGAAAACAAGAAUCAAAAAUUAUUGGACAUGUACUUUAAAGCGAAAGCGUCUCCGCGCUCGAUCGAACCGAACUUAAGUAAGAGAGUGCAGAAGGCCCUGCGCAGAUUGAAUAACGAUAACGUGGAUGCGGAUGGCGACGUGGACGACAACGUAGACGGAAAACCUCGACCUAAGAAAAUUAAAAGGAGCGGUGCUGCCCGAAAGUCAACCGAAAAUCAGGCCUUGCGUAGAUUAAAUAGCGAUAAUGUGGAUGGCGACAUAGACGACAACGUUAAUGGAAAACCUCUCCCUAAGAAAAUUAAAAAGAGCAAUGCUGCCCGAAAGUCAAGCGAGGAAAAGAAUUCAGUUACUGAUUCAGUUACCGAACUCGAAAUAUCGACCUGUGAAGGAACACCGCCUGUUAAAACGAGCACCAUCCCCGAGAAACUUGUUAAAGCCGUUGCUGAGAAGAAACCUACCAGGGAAUACAUACCGCAACGAGAGAAAGAUAGGGAAUGUGCGUUAGAAAGGAAAUUGCACGCUAUAGAAAUAUUUAGAAAAUCGAAACAGGGCUUAGGCAAAACGAGAAAGAUGAAAAGUAAGGUACGAAAAGUCACAGAACAGGCAGAACUAUCGGAGAGCGAUAGUAAUUAGACCUGUUUGAUAAAAGAAGGAAAAUUGCACGUUUUUUUUAAUACUCUUUUGAAAUGUAUUGUUACGUCGUGUAUAUAUAUAUCCCAUUAUUAUAAUGUAAAUGUAAAGUAUUAGUUAUAAGUUAUAGCGGGGUAGCUAGCCGAAGACCCUUUUGUACAUUUUUUUUUCUAUUACAAGGGUGUAAAUUAUUUUUUAUUGAUAUAAUGCGCGAUAAUACACUUACUUUGCCGACAACAUAUUUUUUUAGGUUUCUAUGUCAUCGAUAUAAUGCAAUAAAUAAAUUAAUUAUUAAUUUUGU